UCCCUUGCACCUGGAUCAUGAAACUUCAGCUACAUACCUAGCAGCUCGUAUAGCCACCCACCAGAAACCUUUCCAAUCGAACGACAAACGAAAUCCUCACGAAAUCCUCAACGCCUCAAAUCCUACCUGUGUUAGCAACCAUAGUAACACAACUAAGUACUCUGGGCCUAGAGCUGUACCCCCUGUCAGCUCUAACUACAAUUUGAGAAUGACAAUUGCGGAGAACUAAACAACUUGUUCCCUUCAUCGACCCAUCCAUCCUGUUUGAUCCAUCAGGCAAAUUCUCUCCAACAAACGCACGGAACUUGGGUCUGCGACUCUGGUCCUCGGGCUGGCGCACUUUUAACCAACGUCAAACAGCGAAACCCGUCGCAUGUCUUUAAUACCUCAUAAUAGAAGAUUAAAAUCUCGUCCAGUCCAAGCAUCUAACUGCUCACUACUCAGACUCAAACAUAACUGUUUCAUUUUGGGUUCGAAAGGAAAAGGACCCUUUUACCAAUAACUUAUUAUCUCUAUCAAAUCUGAUUAUAAACCUUGUACUUCCCCAGCUGGAGAAAAAGGAUUGGCAGACCCUGCCAAGAGUCUUGGUUCCUCAACUCCAUUCGAUCAGAAACAUCAAUACGCCGUAAAGAUGUCCCACUUACCAUCAAUUCGUCAUGACACCGGAACUACUGACAGGUAUGAUGAAAUAACCCAAACGUUAAAUGGUUCCCCGCGAGAUUUCCAUGAUGACGAUAUCCAAGCCUCAAUGCAUUCAUCUAGUUCAUCAAUUCAAUUCAAUUCCGCAAUGGAGAAGCCACGGAAGCCAGCAGAUUCAUUGGAAUAUUCGGAUACGCCUACCCUACAAGAUGAAUUUGUGUCGAGACCAAGAAAGUCCAGUCGGACGAGUUAUUGGUGGAAUAAGAUGGCUUUAAAGGGUAGGAGGAAACAAUCUUUCGAUGAGAUUGACGUGUUUGAUGAAAUUGAUACAGAUGUUGGUGAUGGAUUAUUAACAGGUUUACAUAAACAAGCUGAAAGGCAACGGAGAAAGAAUGGAAUAUUCAAUUAUUUUGUCUUUGGAGGUAUAAGUGGUUUCAGUAUAUUGUGAGUUCUGCAAGUACGGUUUAUAAAGGAACUCAAUACUAAUAUGUCCUAGGUCACUUCUUCUUCUCACAAACCUUCUACUCGGUGCUGCAACAUUACUUUGGAGUCAUGAUAUCGAUGAUGUUUUGAAGAAUUGGGGAAAGCCUGGAACAGGAACUGAGGGUUUGGCAUGGUAUCCGACCGAUUUCACACGAGAUAUACGCCCUGUUCCAUGUCAUUCGCACAAUGAUUAUUGGAGACGAGUACCAUUAUUCGAUGCAUUACGAGCUGGAUGUACAGGGGUAGAGGCAGACGUAUGGCUUUUUGAUAAUGAUCUAUAUGUUGGACACAAUACUGCUUCAUUACAACGAAAUCGAACCUUUCAAUCUCUUUACAUCAACCCUCUAGUCGAUAUCCUCGAACGACAGAAUCCAACAACGGAUUUUUAUAAUGGAACUAAUCAUGGAGUUUUUGAUUCAGAUGAUGGAAAAUCUCUUACUCUUUUGGUAGAUGUAAAGACUGAUGGUGCAGAAACAUGGCAAUGGGUUCUGGAACAACUCGAACCAUUGAGAAAACGUGGAUGGCUCUCAUAUGUCGAGAAUGAUACGCUACAUACACGACCCAUUACAGUUGUUGGAACAGGAAAUACACCAUUUGAUGUCCUUACCCAAAAUUCAACCUAUCGCGACACCUUUUUCGAUGCACCACUUGAUACAAUGUGGGAGCCAAGACAUACUACCGAAGAAAUGAAAGAUUGGUCUGAAUUCGAUGGCAAUGCACCAGGUGAAGAAUUAGACGAAGAUGAAGAAAGUGCAGAAGAUCUUGUACCUGGAACCUCUACUUCAGUUCCUCAUCAGGAACCAAACAAAGGACAAGGAAUGUCAGGAGUAUCAUCCGAUACAGAGUUUAACUCAUUAAACUCAUACUACGCAUCUGUUUCUUUCAAUCAAGCAGUAGGCAAAAUAUUGAGAGGAAAAUUAAAUCAUAGACAAAUGAAGAUUAUUCGUGGACAAAUUAGAGGUGCGCAUAAAAGAGGUCUUAAAGCUAGAUAUUGGGAUUUACCCAGUUGGCCUAUUGGAUUACGAAAUCAUGUUUGGGAUGUUCUUGUUAAAGAGGGAGUUGAUUAUCUAAAUGUAGAUGAUUUGCGAGCGGCGGCUAAACAAGUUUGGUAAGAGAGCGGAUUGUGAAUGUGGAUUUUUUUAAGAGCAGGGAGUUUGUGAGAAUGGGCGCGGAGUGGUGCAAGGUAUUGUGAGCUGAUGAUGAUGAUGAUGAUGAUGGAAUAGUGGCUAGCAUUGGGACAAGACAAAGAGCGCUUAUGAAUUUGUUUUGCUGGUGUAUGGAUGGCGCUUUUUUAACGGUAUUGGUUUCGAUAUUGGUGUUGGUGUUAGGUAUUGGCAUUUGGUAUACCUUGGGAGCGGAUUGAAUGGGCAUAUAUAUGAUCAUACGCAAACAAAUAAAUCAAUU